UUAUGACUCCUUAUUGCUCCUUAUUUCCGUGCUGGAAGCAUAAAUGUUGCAUUAUCGCCACCGGAAAAUGUCUAUCACGGAGAUACAUGCCCUUAUGCCCGUGAAGAUCCACAUUGGCAGUCUUCUUGGGGAGCCCAUGAGGAAUUAUGAGAAGCAUCAAAUGCCCGAAGUAUCCACCCUUCACAAGCUUUUUCUUCAAACCGCCAGGGAGGAGACCAGCUACAGAGUGCUCCGUAUCUAGUCCGUAAACGCAGACUGAACGAUGGCUUCGUUCAUCGACCAGGGUGUUUGGAUUCCACACCCAACUCUGACGGAGAAAAACCUCGAGGAUCAAACGGGCAAGGUCUUCAUAGUAACUGGUGGCUACGUUGGCGUUGGAUAUGCGCUUAGCAAGAUCCUCUAUCAACGCAAUGGAACCGUCUACGUUGCCGGGAGGAGCAAAGAAAAGGCAGAAAAGGCCAUCUCUGCUCUGCAAGAAGAAGUAUACGACUCUUCCGGGCGUCUGGAGUUUCUCCAGCUAGAUCUUGCGGAUCUACCGACCGUACCUAAAUCAGCUGCGGAUUUCAUGUCCCGAGAAAGCCGGCUGGAUGUUCUGGUUAACAAUGCAGGGGUCAUGACGCCGCCUGCCGGUUCGAAGACAAGCCAGGGUCUUGAACUUCAACUGGGGACAAAUUGCGUAGGCCCCUACCUCUUUACAAAGAGUCUGCUCCCUAUUCUCCGUGAAACAGCCCGCGCAUCCCCCCCCGGUUCUGUUCGCGUUACUUGGGCUGCAUCCAUCGCGACCGAGGUCUUCGCGCCUGAGAAUGGCGUUACUUUCGAAUCCGAUGGUACCCCCAGGAUUUAUGACAACCAAAGGACGAAUUACGGUGCAUCCAAGGCCGGAAAUGUCUUCUUAGCAGCGGAGUUCGCUAGACGAUACCGAGAAGAUGGGAUUGUCAGUGUGGCGUGGAAUCCGGGGAACCUCAGAACUGAGCUUCAGCGACACUUGAACUUCCUCGAACAAAUAGUCGUGAAUCUGAUCAGCUAUCCUGCCGUCUACGGAGCGUAUACAGAGCUUUAUGCCGGUUGGUCGAAGGACAUCAGCUUAGAGAACACUGGCAGCUACAUCAUCCCUUGGGGUCGGGUUGGGAAGCUCAGGAAAGACGUAGAAUUAGGAUCGAAGAGAACGGACGAAGGAGGUACUGGGCACGCAGAGAGAUUCUGGCAGUGGUGCGAAGCUGAAGCCUCUCGUUUCGCGUGAACGAGUUGCUCGGAUUGUAGACAUAUAGAUCGUUAUUCUCUCCACUCAAUAAUAAUACGCUAGCCAUAUCAUUUUCC